AGUCCCGCCCCCUGUCGCCUCCGUCAAAACCGGGAAAGGACGACCCGGAAGCACGGUCACUGCCACGGGGGUCGCGCCAGGGCGGACGUCACACACAUGAAUACGCUAGGAAUCACGGGAUUGCCCGCCGCGCUACGCGGGCCGCGCUCGCUGACUACGAGUCGCAUAGUUUAUGACCUCACGCAUAGCGGACAGAGUCUGCUCUUUGCUGAGCCUAGUUGCUUUGUUGUGACAUUCGAGCGAAGGCGACGAAGGGGUCACCAGUGCUGACCCCGCAGGCCACUGUCACGGAGCCUAAGCGCAAAAGGAAACUGGGAGGCGGAAGAGCUUCUACGCAUGCGCGCCCUGCUGCUGUUGCUGUUUCUUGAGGCUGGGGUCAGAGGUGAGCGGUACCGGAAGUUCCCUUUGUGCUCCUCCGCUUUCCCGCUACAGGAGAGCGGUUGAAAGCGGCUGACAGACGUUGUCGCCACGGAGGAAACGGGAGGGAGUCGAUCGUAUUUGACGUCACCGGUGAGCCCCUUGGUCAUAGGAUUAUCGCCCUGUUGACCAAGGAGCCGCAACCUCCUGUGACUGGGAGCGAGAGCAAAAAGCUGCGCGUGCGCGCUGAGUGCCGCUGGUUCUGCUGGUGAUCCCUGUUUCCCGUAUCCCGGAUCAGAGGUGACCGGGACCGGAAGUGGCCAUUUAAACUGCGAAAAUCAGUUGUCAGCGGCCGUGAACGAAACGCCUGCGGGGACUUUACCAAAAGGCCUUAGACGGUGGCGAGGACUAGAGUCUGGGCACCGGAAGCUAAGGUGCGUCACGGGAGCCCCGGGAAUGGCUACGAAGGGUAACGGGGCAGAGUGACGAGGCCGCUGCGGAGCACAGGGGUGGAGCUUAGAGGAGAUGUUGUGACGUCACCAUGAGCAUCACUACAUACUGAUAUCACUGCACCAUCCCCGCUCCCCCAGACUUGCUGGCCAUGUCCUCAGCCACCAUCGUGCACGACCCCUCGGAGGCGGUGCCCCUGUGCCCGGCGCUGGGCCUGUACCUGAAGCCAAUCGCGCGGGUGACAAUCUCGGUGUCGCUGCCCCCUCCGCCCCCAGCUCCGCCCCCUUCGCCUUCCUCGACGUCCCCGCCCCCGCGUGCGCCAAGUCGCGCAGUGUCAAACUGGGAGGUGAUGGAGGGACUGCGGGCGAUGGCACAGGGGGCACGAGCGCCGCUGUCAUCACUGCGCCUGGCCCGGGGCGGCCCAGAGGUCGUGCGCUUUGAGGGCGAGGUCGAGAACCGGGCGCUUGUGCGUCCCGCGCUCGCUGGCCUGGACGGCAAGACUAUGAUGCUCAGCGGCCUCCCCCAUGGCCUGCGUGUAAGCGCCGCUGAGGCCACGCCCCCGCCCACGGAUGACCCCGCCCACCCUCAUGACACCAUCCACCUUCAGGGCCUACCCUGCCGCUGGUUUGCGCCCCGUGGGGGCAGUGGCGGGGAUGAGGCUGGAGGCAUUUCUUCCCCUGGUGGCAUUGCCUCAGCAGAGAGGCCCAGCGAGGCUCUCCUGCGCCAGGCUUUCGGGGCGUUUGGUGAGAUCCGCCAUGUGGACAUUCCCAUGCUGGACCCUUACCUUGGUGAGGACGGCAGCCAUGGCGGGGGCGGGGGCGGGCGGCUCCGCUUCGAGGCCUACGUUCAGUACCGAGAGCGUGAUGCCUACGCCCGUGCCAUGGCUGCCCUGCGUGGUGCUAAGCUCAUGUUUAGGGGCACCGACGGCAAAGCUGUGGCCUGCGGCAUCAAGGUGACAUCAGAUGCCACACAGCACCUGAGCGAGGCUUCGAUCAGACGCCGGCAGCUGGAGCGGCAGAAACUACAGGAACUUGAGCAGCGGCGUGAAGAGCAGAAGCGGAAGGAGCGUGAGGAUGAGGCGCGGCGGCGGGCAGGCCAGCGGAAGCAGCGGGAGGCAGAGCAGCAACAACGGGCACGGCGUCGGGAGGAGAAGCUUCGGCGCAGAGAGGCACGGCAACGAGCACGGAGGAGACGAGGCCGACGUCGAGAGGAGGAGGAGGAGGAGGAGGCAGAGCCCCAGCCGGUGUUGGGGCGCGAGGAGGAGGAAGGUUUAGAGCCCCGUCGGCUACUGCUCGCCCAGCGCAACCUGCAGUCUGUGCGGCUCAUUGCUGCCCUGCUUGCCCGCGCUGAAGCCGCCAGACGCCGCCAGCGUGAGCAGAGCGAGGAACGACGUCGCCACGCAAAGGAGGAAGAGCUUCGGCGCCAGCAGGAGGCAGAGAUUCGGCGUCAGAGGGAGGCAGAGCUACGCCGAGUGGAAGAGGAGAAGCGGCGGGCACUGGGACUGCAACGUCGGGAGCGUGAGCUCCGCCAUCGCCUCCUCGCCCUGCUGCUAGCCCGGGGGCCUGGCUUGGGGCGGCUAGUGGGCGGGGCCGGGACAGGAAGUGACGUUGUGGGGGCUGGGAACAGCAAGAUGGCUGUGGGGGGUGGCCAUGGGGAGGCAGGACAAAGCCAGACAAUGACAGGAAGUGAAAUCAGGGGAGAUGGAAGGGAGAAUAUGAAGACAGGAAGUGAUAUGGCUACCUCGGGAAAUGGCCACAUUGACAGAGAAAAUGAGAAAAUAAAGACAGGAAGUGGGGUCCCAGCCACAGGAGGUGGUACUGGGGACCCAAGAGGUGCGGACAAACAAACAGAAAGUGGUGUCCUGCCGACAGGAAGUGAUGCAAAGACAGGAAAUGGUGCCAGAGGGACAGGUGGCCCAGGGAGGGACCCAAUUGCAAAGACGUGGACGGAAAAUGUGACGACAGGAAGUGGCGGCCCCGAAACAGGAAGUGGUGUGGCCAAGAUGGCGACAGUAAGUGCUAGCAAUGAGACCGAAAGUUCAUCUGCCAAGCUCAAAGCCAUGCCCACUUCCUGUAGUGACCGGGAAAGAUGUGGCCUUGAGUCCCGCCCGUCCUGGCAUUCCCGUGACUUUGGGGGCAGUUCAGGACAGUCUAGAAGCCGUGAUGGCAGUGAGCGGCGACGCCCCCACGAGGAAGAGGACGGCGGUGGGCGGGACCGGAAGCGCGCACACCGCCAUCGUGAGGACCGUGGUCGCUCGAGGUCUCGAUCCCCGCGGCGCCGGUGACCGACCUGCCCAAAUCAUGGGACUUACUAGAUGACCCAGAAGUCCUGCCCCAAGGACUAUGAAAGUCAUAGGCUCCCUGGCGGCCAUUAUGUAUUUUUUCAAACCUCUGAAUGCGGAGUUGAGUUUUCGGUUUCGGGGGCGGGACUUGGGUGUGACAUGAGUGGCGUAGUGUGUGGCCAUGCUCAAUAAACGCCUGGAGUUGGAGAUGUGUGA